UGCAACCCGAGCCAUUCCAAAACGUGGUGCACCCUUUUUACACCUCUCCCUCGUUAUCUCUCUUUCUCUCCUUCCCUAAAACCCAAAACCCAAACAUUUAUCCACAAUUUAAAACCUUCAAAGAACUCAAACUCUAUUUCAAUGGCGGAAAAUCAUACCCAUUAACAGAAAAAUCAAAUCUUUUUCUCAACUAAACUCUUUCAUUUACUGUAAAUUCCUCAAUCAAGUUACAAGUAACAAAUGGGGAUUCUCACACUCCCAUUAGUAAUCUCAGUCCUUAAACCCCAUAACUAUAAACCCCAGAAUUUCUCUUUCAUUUUUCACCCAACUCGUCAUUUUUGCUUUAAACCCCAUAAUCGUCGCUUUUUUGCGUCUUCUAGUGUUGGCGCUUCCACUUUGCGGCACAAUUUUUCCGACAAUGGUGACCCCAGUUCAGGUCCUUGUACUGCCUCUGUGCCCACUUUCCAACAAGCUAUUCAGCGUCUUCAGGAGUAUUGGGCCUCUGUUGGGUGUACAGUUAUGCAAUGCAGCAACACUGAGGUCGGAGCUGGGACGAUGAAUCCCCUGACAUAUCUGAGGGUCCUUGGUCCAGAGCCAUGGAAUGUUGCUUAUGUAGAGCCUAGCAUCCGGCCUGAUGAUAGUCGCUAUGGGGAAAAUCCAAACCGUCUUCAACGCCACACCCAAUUUCAGGUUAUAUUGAAACCGGAUCCUGGAAAUUCUCAAGAUCUCUUCAUUCGGAGCCUAUCUGCUUUAGGUGUUAAUGUCAAUGAACAUGAUAUACGUUUUGUGGAGGACAACUGGGAAAGUCCGGUCCUUGGUGCAUGGGGAUUGGGUUGGGAAGUUUGGAUGGAUGGGAUGGAGAUCACUCAAUUCACAUACUUCCAGCAGGCUGGAGGUCUUCCAUUGUUGCCAGUGUCUGUUGAAAUCACUUAUGGUCUAGAGCGAAUUCUCAUGCUGCUACAGGAAGUUGAUCAUUUCAAGAAAAUACAGUAUGCAGACGGGAUCACAUAUGGAGAAUUGUUUUCUGAGAAUGAGAAGGAGAUGAGUGCUUAUUAUCUUGAGCAUGCCACUGUCGAUCAUAUUCAGAAACAUUUUGAUUUUUUUGAGAAGGAAGCUCGCCAUCUACUUGAAUUGGGCCUUCCUAUCCCUGCGUAUGAUCAGCUUCUGAAGACAUCUCAUGCUUUCAAUAUCUUAGAUUCUAGGGGCUUUGUAGGUGUAACUGAACGAGCUCGUUACUUUGGUCGAAUGCGUAGUUUAGCUCGUGAAUGUGCUCAGCUGUGGCUGAAGACACGAGAGUCUCUUGGUCAUCCUCUAGGCAUUUCUGCUGAGCUUGGCCCUAUAACUUGUCCGAGUGAGGUCAUCCAGUCUGCAGUAGAAAAGGUGUCUGUAGAGCCAAGGAUGUUUGCCCUUGAAAUUGGAACAGAAGAGUUGCCGUCACAUGAUGUAUCAUAUGCAACUCAGCAGUUGAAAGAUCUUAUUGUGCAAUUGCUGGAAAAGCAAAGAUUGGGCCAUCAUGAAGUGCAGGCAUUUGGUUCACCUCGAAGAUUGGUGGUUUGCAUUGAUGGGUUGUGUGCCACGCAAGCUGAAAAUGAAAUUGAGGUUCGAGGACCCCCAGCUUCUAAGGCAUUUGACAGCCAAGGGAAUCCAACAAAGGCUGUUGAGGGUUUCUGUCGUAGAUAUAAUACUUCUCUGGACUCCAUAUACAAAAAAGUAGAUGGUAAGACUCAGUAUAUAUACGCUCGUGUCACGGAGCCCUCCAGAUUUGCUUUGGAGGUUUUAGCUGAAGGUCUCCCCGGAACCAUUGCCAAAUUAUCGUUCCCCAAAUCAAUGCGUUGGAAUUCUCAGGUUUUGUUCAGUAGGCCUAUUCGUUGGAUUAUGGCUCUUCAUGGUGAUGUUAUCAUUCCAUUUACUUUUGCAGGAGUUUCCAGUGGAAAUAUAUCUUAUGGUCUUCGUAAUACACCUUUUGCAACUGUUAAGGUGGAAAGUGCAGAAUCCUACACUGCUGUUAUGAAGAAUGCUGGCAUAGCUGUUGAUAUUGAGGAGCGUAAAAAUGUGAUAUUGGAGCAUUCAACUGCUUUGGCUGAUACUGUAAAUGGACAAGUAAUUAUGCCUAUUGGUUUAUUGGACGAGGUUGUAAAUUUGAUUGAAGCACCCACUCCAUUACUGGGAAAGUUUGAUGAUUCUUUCCUAAUGCUUCCAAAAGAUCUACUAACAAUGGUUAUGCAGAAGCAUCAGAAAUACUUUGGAAUUGCUGACAAGAGUGGUAGGUUGUUGCCAUAUUUUAUUGCGGUGGCAAAUGGGGAUAUUAAUGUUGAUGUUGUGAGGAAAGGGAAUGAGGCAGUGAUCAGAGCACGUUAUGAAGAUGCAAAAUUCUUCUAUGAGACAGAUUCCAGAAAGAAGUUAUCGGAGUUUAGAGGUCAACUUAAUGGCAUUCUUUUCCAAGAAAAGCUUGGAACCAUGCUGGAUAAAAUGAUGCGUGUUGAGAUUAUUGUUACCAAAUUAGCCUCAUCCAUGGGUUUUCAAUCGGAGCAACUACAGACUAUACAAGAAGCUGCAUCCCUUGCUAUGUCAGAUCUUUCUACUGCUGUUGUGACUGAGUUUACUUCUUUGGCAGGAAUAAUGGCUCGCCAUUAUGCUUACAGAGAUGGAUACUCUGAGCAGAUUGCUGAGGCUUUAUAUGAGAUUACACUCCCUAAGCAUUCAGGAGAUAUAUUGCCGAAAACGGAUGCUGGAAAUGUUCUAGCAAUAGCCGACAGACUGGACAGCCUUGUUGGUUUAUUUGGGGCGGGUUGUCAGCCUAGUUCCACAAAUGAUCCAUUUGGUCUACGGAGAAUUUCAUAUGGCCUGGUGCAACUAUUGGUGGAAAAUAAUAAAGAUUUAAACUUUCGACAUUCUCUGGAGCUUGCUGCUGAGGUCCAACCUGUUAAAGUUGAUAGCAGCACAAUAGAUGAUGUACAACAAUUUGUAACGCGGAGACUGGAGCAAUAUCUGGUUGACAGGGGAAUAAAUUCAGAAGUUGUCCGGUCAGUUCUUUCAGAGCGUGCAAACUGGCCAUGUCUGGCAGCAAAAUCAGCAGUAAAGAUGGAAGCCUUGUUCAAAGAAGAUCUCCUUCCAAAGGUUGUUGAAGCAUAUUCCCGGCCAACAAGAAUUGUCCGAGGAAAGGACUUAAAUGACAUCACAGAGGUGAAUGAAGCUGUUUUUGAGACGAAGGAAGAGAGAGCUUUGUGGACUGCUUUCUUGUCAGUGAACAAACAAGUUUAUCAUGGUAUUGAAAUCGACGAAUUUGUAAAUGCAUCCUUGGAAUUAGUACAGCCACUUGCUGAUUUCUUCGAUAAUGUAUUCGUAAUGGUGGAAGAAGAACAGGUCAGGAAUAAUAGGCUCGCUCUUCUUAAAAAGAUUGCAGACCUUUCAAGGGGAAUUGCAGACCUCUCAUCUUUGCCAGGAUUUUGAGUAAUUCAAACGUUUUUGAAUUUUUUUUAGCACAGAACUAUAGAACAAGGUAAUAGGCCUUGAUAAUGUACAUUAUCUUUCUUUUUCUAGAUUUUACUAUUCAUGAAACAACUCUUAUUUUAGAGUUAAGUCAUCUUAAGUUAGUGUAUCCUAAAUUAUUGUAAUAGCGUAACAUCUAAUUACUUAACUGGUUGAUUGAUACGGGGUGGAGUAGAAGGAUGUACGUGAUGCUCCACUUGAUGAAAUAAGAUCCAUUUGCUUCCCA